GGACGCGGUUUGCCCAUUUUCUUCUGAGAUCGCAUAUAGUAUUCCUUUCGAACUCCGUGCGCUAACUUAAGAAAGUGAUUUUUUUUCUAAUUCGAAGCGCCUAGGCGCCAGUUUAUGAGACCAUUUCUUAAAACUGAUUGUUCCACAUAGAUAUGGCGGCCAUUCUGUCUGGAGCAAUGGAUUUGGUGUACGAAAAUAGCGUAUCUGCUAUUGAAGGUUUGCAAGGCAGGUUUCAUCAGCAGAGUAACAUGUUCUUUAUGAUUUCCAACAUAUUCGAUCCACGAUAUGCAUUUCUCUUCUAUUCCCCUCUAUUUUUUUCACUCGAUUGGAAGAUUGGAAAGAAAAUCAUGUGGGUCACUGUCAUAGCGGAAUGGUCCAAUCAGAUGCUAAAAUGGGCCCUUCAUGGAGAACGUCCAUACUGGUGGAUCCACGAAACGCAGGUUUACAAUAAAACAGGAAUCACUACUCCAGAUAUCCAACAGUUCUUUCUUACAUGUGAGACAGGACCAGGAAGUCCAUCUGGUCACGCAAUGGUCACAGCGGCCGUAUGGUACGUGAUUUUAGAUUCUUACCUGAGGAAGUUUCACUUCAUCAAGAAAAACAGUGCAAACUUGAUUCCUAAAUUCUGCUGGUUGGCCUAUCUUGCACUUUUAACGACUGUCAGUGCAUCUAGAGUUUUCAUUGCUGCUCAUUUUCCACAUCAAUGCUUUGUUGGAAUAGCUGUUGGAUGGUUGGUAGCCCUGGAGCUGGACAACAUCAUCCAAAAGCAUCUCAAUACAUUUCAAUAUUGUGCAAUUACAGCUGGGAUGCUUGCCAGUGCUCUUUCAAUGUAUGGAUUCCUAAAAGCAAUUGGAGUCAAUCCCAUGUGGUCAGUAGACAGGGCCAUCAAAUGGUGUGCCAAACCUGAAUAUGUACAUCUAGAUACAACUCCAUUCUUUUCUAUGAUGCGUUACUGUGGAUUCAUGCUUGGCAUGGGCUUUGGAUUUAAUAGCCAGUAUUUCAAAAAUGCUUUUAAACAAAAUUUCACAAUGGCAAUGAGGAUUGUCUGUGCAUUUCUUUCCAUCGGUGUUUGUAAAUUAUCAGAGAAGAUUGAUUUUCCGAAAGAGAAUAUGCUGUUGUUCUAUGUCGAAUCAUUCUUUCUGAAUGCUUUCUUAUCUUAUGUCAUGAUAGCAGUUGUUCCAAACUUAGUAUCCAAAAUUUGGACAACAAAGGCAAAAAAGCAUUAAUUUCUCAAUGUAGAAACUGCAGUGCAAAGUGAAUACAAAUAUUUGUAUAUAGUUGUGCUAUUUAUCACUUAAUGCAAACAUUUUUAACUAAAUGUUUUAUCAACUUUGUGAAAGUGACAAGAUUUGUGCAAUAUCAAACAUUUAAGAGGAGUUUGUGAUCGAAACUUGGAUGGAAGAUGUAAACCGUUUUUACAUUUGAAAAGUGACUCAUACUCAUCACAAAAGUAUGAAGACAUAAGGAAUAUACGGUAAACUAUUAUGAAUGUUUUCAAUUCAAAUACUUGAUACAAGGAAUGAAUGUACUUUUUUACUAAGAUGAAAAACAUCUGCCUUUCUUAAGCCAGCAUUAAAGAAUGACGAUUGAAAUUUUAUCGCAAUGCUGUAUAAAAUUGACCAGAAAGUAAUUUAGCUAUAUAAGAUAGCAACUUUUUUGUUAAAUUGUAUUGAUUAAUUCAUAGCUAACUAAAUAAGUAAAAUAUGUGUAAAGAUCAAUAUUAGCUAUUAAGUUUUGAAUCUAGGAAUUAUAUUACUUACAGAAAAGAAUGUUAAGGUAUGUCUACCAACUAUGUACAUAUUGUAAAUAUGAUAAGAGCACUUCAGUGCAUACUUUCUACCCUAGAUUUUAGUAAAAAUAUAUUAAUAUUUGUGCUGAAAAUAACAGUGGAUUCUGACUGACAUUUUGUAUAAUAUUGUAAAUAACAUUAGCUAAAAGCUCUAUAAAAAAACUGAAACUUGUCAGACCAAGAUCACAUAUCAAGGAUGCUUUCUAAUUCUUUUGAAUUUGUAAAUAAGCCAAAGAAAUUGUAAUAAACACUUUUUCUUCCUAA